CUGGCGGGGAAAGCGAAACAUAGCGACGUGUACGUCGCCAGGUAGAGCCGUAAAGCGCGGCCGCCGUUGUCAUGCAGUGUUGUGAAUUGGGGAUGUUGGCAGUGUGGAAUGUGGAUACACUGAGCGGUAUAUAGGUGGGAGCCGGCCGGGGAAAGAAGAGCCAUGAGUACAGAGAGCGGACCGCCUGGGGCCUUCCACAAGAGGCUGCUGGUGACCGGAGGGGCUGGCUUCAUAGCAUCACAUAUGAUCAUUUCCCUGGUCGAAAACUAUCCAGAAUAUUUAGUAAUAAAUCUAGACAAGCUUGAUUACUGUGCUAGCUUGAAAAACCUUGAUUCCGUUUCGGAUCAGCCAAACUACAAGUUUAUACAGGGAGACAUCUGUGAUGUGCAUUUUUUAAAACCUCUCUUUGAAGUAGAACAUAUAGAUGUGGUCCUACACUUUGCUGCACAGACCCAUGUAGAUUUGUCUUUUUCCGAUUCCUUUAAAUUUGCCUAUGUUAAUACAUAUGGUACAAGCGUUCUUCUUCGUGCGGCAUAUGAAGCUAGGGUUGGAAAAUUUAUUUACAUAAGUACGGAUGAAGUCUAUGGAGGUAGUCUUGUUGAGGAAUUUGAUGAGACGUCACCAAAACGGCCAACAAAUCCAUAUGCAUCGUCCAAAGCAGCUGCAGAAAGCUUUGUGCUGUCUUUCUGGGAAAGAUACAAGUUUCCAGUUAUUAUUACCAGAAGUAGCAAUGUCUAUGGACCACACCAGUAUCCAGAAAAAGUUAUACCCAAGUUUAUUUCUUUGCUGCAACGUAACAGAAAAUGCUGCAUCCAUGGAAGUGGAAGACAGACCAGGAGUUUUCUGUAUGCCUCUGAUGUUGUCGAAGCAUUAAUGACAAUCCUAAAGGUUGGGAAGGAUGGAGAAAUUUACAACAUUGGUUCAAGUUUUGAAAUAUCUGUAUCCCAGCUUGCUAGAGAAUUAAUCCAAAUGAUUCAACCUACAUCUUCAGAAACAGAAACUGAAUACUGGAUGGAUUAUGUGAAUGACCGGCCGGUCAAUGACCUUCGAUAUGCAAUGAAUUCAGAAAAAAUGCACAGUUUAGGGUGGAGGCCUAAAGUACAUUGGAAAGAAGGCAUUGAACGCACAGUUACAUGGUACAAAAAUAAUUUCCACAACUGGAAGAAUGCGGAGCAUGCAUUGGAGCCAUUUUGUUGACAUACAAAGCAAAGAGUUUUUGGAGAGAACGGCGGAUUGUGGGAACAAAGAAAAUAGUAAUAUAAUUCCUCUCUUGAACAAAACAUACCUUAACAAAGUAUUAAAUUCAAGAAUUUUAAUGUAAACUUAAAUACAUUUAUUUUUAUUUUAUUCUUUUUAGUCACUUUUACACAAUGACCUCAUCAGAUGAGUUUAAUACUCGUAUGAAGAAGCUAGAGUCAGCUGGCAUUUACUGGUUACUCGAACCAUCAGUGGGGUAGAUUUGCUAAAACUGGUGCAGCUGUAUAUGGUAGCCAAUCGGUUUCUAACUUCAGGUUGUUCAUUUAAAGGGGUUGU